UUUCCCGUGGUUUUUCCGUCCCUGGCAAAUUACGCUGUAUUAGCCAUAAAUCAUACUAUUUUUUUAUCGCCUUUAAAUCAAGAACCCUGGACCAUAUGGGAAAUUCAUUUACAUUUCAAGUUUCACUGUCAUCGUUAUUGGAACUAAAUAUGCUGAAAAUUUCAAGUCGCUAACUUGACGGAGAGUCAGUUUAAAAUCGAUUGGAAAUUUCCGCGAUUUGCGCGGGAUGAUCAAGUUAAAUAGAAGCUUAUAAAAAGUCGAGAGUCGACGGGGGAAAGUCGACUUCAAUCGACUUCCAUAACCUGAAACUCAUUAUAAGUCGACUUUUAGGAGUAAAAAGUCGAUUUUGGUCGAAAGUCGAACUCGUUGCCUUCUCUAAUGUAUUCCCCUUGUUGAAUUAGAGCAAACUUUGAAAUGGCAGAGGAAAUUGACGAAAGUGGCUUCUAUCGCCAGGAUUUCAGCGCAGCCUCGGAUUGGGAGAUAUUCACUGCACGACUUGGUGAAAUUUUUCAUAAACUUACCGACAAAAAUUCUGAUGAUUGUGUGAACAAUGUGUUUCUUUGUGAUUGGGAAGUGCAGACGGAGACGCUUAUUUUUCUUAAAGAGAAAAUAUCGAUUAGUUAUUAUACUACCAGCAAAGAAGAGGCAAAGAAGAAUUUUGCAAGAAACGGAACAAAUAGUUCAAUAUAUAAUGACCUAAUGGCAGCUGAAAGCACAUUCGGGCCCUCGCUAAUAUCCAAAAAUUCCAAAAGUGUGCAUGCGAUCUCUUUCCUGUAUGGGUUGCAUAGUUUUGUGUUGAUCCAUCUACAUCAAUCUCACAAGCAAUUGUUAUCAAAUCCUGAAUUCAGCUUUUUCUUAAGUGCCGCAGCGAUCGUGUCGGCAGAAUAUUGUCCAAUGAUCCCUAUCUUUGUGCAAAUCCACGAUACAAAAUUAAGUAUAUUUCUGGGAAUAGGAAUGCACUUAACGCAACGUACUAAUUUUGAUGUAGUGACACUUAAACAGUCACCGAUUGAAUGUCGAUACCUAUCUGGUUUGCUGUCGUUAUUCAAAGAGAAACUUCCAGCGAAUUGUGUUUAUCCGAUCACUGUAUCCGUGCGAAACACUUACGCUCUAAAACCAGUACGUAAACGAAUUUCAUUGAGCUUACCAUUUUAUGAAUCUUCCUGUGAAAGUGAUGAAUUUUUAAAUAUCAAGAAAUUUAUUGCACUUCCAUGCGGAUAUUUCCCCGAUGCGUGUACUCAAGUAUACCUUGGUUACGAUUGGUUGGAGGUUCCUGAAAGCGGUGCUAUAGAUUCACCGCUGCAUUCUGACUUUGUUCCGUCGAAGUCGCACAACUGUAUUAUGCAGCAAGUUGCUCAGGCGGCAUCUUAUUUGUCAAACUGCUUACGGCAGUAUUUAAAAGUACAUUCUGAUAAAGGUACCUUAGAAACCUAUAUAGGACAGAGUUUAACGGAAUAUCCAAGCGGUUCGGAAAAGUCACUGCCACACAUAACAGAUCCACAUCUUCGACGUUUUCGUUUAAGCCAUCUGCCUGAAGAUUCAAAUUUUCUAAAGGGUUCUAAUAAUAUAGCUGGCCCGCUUAAUGAAAAUGAAUUAAGACAUUUCUUGGCGUACUUAUUUCCCGAUUUAUAUCCUGAUGUUGCUAAAUAUAGCUUUUCGAAUGAUCCAAAGGAGAUGAAAGAAUAUGACAUGCAUCGAAUAAAAUCAGCAAUGAUGGAUUCUUUGUCUUGGCGCCUUAGUUGCCUACUAGCUACCUGCAACGCACAUUAUGGAGGUAAAAGCGGACUUGCCCAGCUAUGGGCAGCAUUCACCAGGGAACUUCGAUUUAUAUGGGAUACCAGAUUAUCUAUACAAGGGUGAGUAGGUGUAAACUACAUAUAACCGAUGCCUGCAAAACACCUACCUUAAAUUAAAAAGUUUAACAAA